AUGAGGCUCGGGAGGAUAAUAUCGAGACGUAAGGUGUUUUUCCUUUUAUUUACUGGGUUAUUGGUUUUAUGGCUCGAGAAAUUUGUGUUGAAUAUCAGUAAGUAUCACCACAACGAUGAACUGAAAGCUGGUUAUGACCUUAAAGUUCUGGAUACUGCCAGACAAUGGAUGGAGCAAUCAAAUUUGAAAAAUAUCAAGCAUGAUGAUGUUAUGGUUGUGAAUUAUGGAACAAUUAAAUGUUUCCACCUAGGUACCAAAUACGAAAGAUGUUUGAAGCCCAAGCAUUUCCACAAUAAACCUAGAAUAGUGACGAACUCUAUAACUGUGAGAAAGGAUUUGAGAGGAUCCUAUGGAUACAAUUUAAUAGGUAUAUCCGAGUAUUUCUUUUUUGAAGUUGUUAGGUUUGAUGAAUUCUUGUUAUACGGUAAACCUUUGGAUGUACUUGUAUUUGAUGCGACGCCAAAUUUAAAUCUGGGUGCUCAUCAUAUACCCUCUGCAACUUUUAAAGAAAUAUCCUUAGGUGAAAUACUAAGAGAUAACUUCUUUGAUAUCAUAUCAGAUGUGAACAUUUUAUUUGGUGAAGAUGCUGUCGAUCCUAGACCAAACUGGCACUUGGUCAAAAGCUCUCCUUACUUGUCUUAUAAGCAUCCUUCUUUCAUGUCUUAUAUGAAACUGGGAUCGCAAGAACCCGAAUACACAAAAUCUAAAGUGCUAGUCAAAAAGGAACAUGAAGAUGAUGGAUUUAAGAUUGUUCAACUGGCUGAUCUGCAUUUAGGAGUUGGCAAGAAUAGAUGUCUCGAUGAGUAUCCACACCAUGAUAAAUGUGAAGCAGAUUCAAAAACAUUAAAGUUUGUGGAGGAGGUUUUAGAUAUCGAAAAGCCCGGGUUUGUUGUGUUUUCUGGCGAUCAAAUUAUGGGUGAUAGGUCUCUCCAGGAUAGUGAAUCUGUUCUUUACAAGGCUGUUGACCCAGUUAUCAGGAGACGUAUUCCGUGGGCAAUGGUUUGGGGAAACCAUGACGAUGAGGGAAGCCUGUCUCGUUGGGAACUCUCUAAGCUGGCGAUGAAGUUACCUUACUCUAGAUUUCAAAUUUCUCCACAUGAUACAAAAGAUAACACAUUCGGUGUAGGAAAUUAUGCACAUCAGAUAUUCUACGAGAAUGAUCCUGAAGUUGCUGCUUUGAGUUUAUACUUUAUGGAUAGUCAUAAAUAUUCCAAGACUGGGAAAAUAUACCUUGGUUAUGACUGGCUAAAAGAGGAACAGUUGGAAUAUAUACAGUCGUUAUAUGAAAGAGGUAUGAAAUCACACAUUAAAGAAAAUAUACACAGACAUGCGGCUAUGACAUUCAUUCAUAUCCCACUCCCAGAAUACUUAAAUCUGGAUUCUAAAAAGCGUCCUGGGGAAUCUAAUGAAUUGAUUGGCACUUUUAAGGAAGGAGUAACAGCUCCAAGGUACAACUCCGGUGGACUAGUUGCUUUAGAUAAAAUCGGAGUUGAUGUUGUAGGCUGCGGGCAUGAUCACUGUAAUGACUAUUGUUUGCAUGAUGACUCUACUUCAAACAAAAAUAUUUGGUUAUGUUAUGGCGGUGGAGCUGGUGAAGGUGGCUAUGCUGGUUACGGAGGUACAGAGAGAAGAAUCCGCACUUACAAGUUUGAUCCACAAACUGGUAAAAUAACAACUUGGAAACGAUUAAAUAGCAAACCAAGUGAGAUUUUUGAUUUUCAGAUAGUAAAGGACUGA